UUUGCUAUGUAAAUCUUUUUUUCAAUGACGGUACAAUACAUUUAGUUGUGUUCUUGUUUUUUUAAAUGUCAGUUCUUUGAAAUGAGAUUCAGGGUUUUUUAUUGCAGGGUGCUUUAAGAAGAGAACAACAAGAAGAGAACAAAGUCUGAAGAGGUCAAACUUCCUUCUCCUUGAACCUUGAACUUCAUAAAAGUUGUUUUGAGUUUUACCUCCUAAGACAUAUAAGAAUAAAGUGACGUGUUCUUUACAUGAUAAACCGGCUCAUCUCUUCAGCUGUAAGGCACCUCAUGAUAAUUUACAUUAUGGAUUAAAUGAUAGUAAUAAAUAUGGCGUGAGAGAUAACGUUAAAGAUGUUCUGCAGCUCUUGAAAUAAACAUAUAAUAUGUUUAUUAUUUAUGAGGGCGGGUCCAGUGAGAGUCUGUGUCAAAAACAGCAAAAAAAAUAAUUCAGACAAACUUUAAAAACUGCAUUUAUGAGACAAAGAUGAAGUUCUCACUCCACUCUAACAGUAAAUGUAGUGAUUCUGUAGUAUUACUGUGAACCAUCCUCCACCAGGUGGCGCUGCAGUCCUUCAGAUUUCUGUGUUUCUGUGGCUGUGAACGAGUGGUGCGUUCAUGUUCACCAUGCAGCAGCGUGAAUGCAUGUUUGUUCUGACGUCACUGACCUGCUUUAAUUUAUUUAUCUGAACUGUUUUAUCAUGAAGCUCUUCACAUUGUGGAGGAUCUGCAGGUUUUGCUGGGUGGAGGAUCUGUAGGUUCUGCUGGGUGGAGGAUCUGCAGUCAGGAUGUUGGAGGAGCUGCUGCUGGCUGCGGCUCUGACGGUCGGAGGGUUCCUGCUUCUCCAAAGGACUCUUCUCAAGAUGCCCAGAUGUCAGAGUGCUGCUCGGUUGGAAGGAAAAACUGCUGUCAUCACCGGAGCAAACACCGGCAUUGGUAAGACCACGGCCAAGGACUUGGCCAGGAGGGGGUGCAGGCUGAUCCUGGCCUGCCGGGACAGACGGCGAGGCGAGGACGCCGUCCGGGAAAUCAUCCAGGAGACGGGGAACAGUCAGGUGAUCUUCAUGCAGCUCGACUUGGCGAGUCUGCAGUCUGUCCGCUCGUUCGCCAACGACUUCCUGCGGUCGGAGUCCCGGCUGGAUCUGCUCAUCAACAACGCCGGUCUGUUGAACGCUGGCAAGACGGAGGACGGCUUCGGGAUGAUCUUUGGGGUCAACCACCUGGGUCACUUCCUGCUGACGGCGUUGCUCCUGGACCGGCUGAAGGCGAGCGGGCCGAGCCGCGUGGUGACCGUGGCCUCUCGGGCGUACGAGAUAGGGACGCUUGAUUUCAAGUGUCUGACGGCUCAGAGGGGCUUCGGCUCCGGAGACAGCAAUUUCCAGCUCCUCCUGAAGUACAGCCACAGCAAACUGUGCAACGUCCUCUUCACCUACGAGCUCGCCAAGCGGCUGCAGGGCUCCUCCGUCAGCUGCUUCAGCCUCCACCCAGGAGUCAUAAAGACAGAGAUAGGUCGCUAUUCAAGUUUCUGGUGGAGGCUCUUCGUGAACCCUUUGGUCUUCCUUUUCGCCAUGGAUGCCGAGUCCGGAGCUCAGACCACGCUCCACUGUGCCCUUGAGCCAGGCAUCGAGCACCUCAGCGGCCACUACUUCUCCUACUGCAAACCCAAGAUGAACAUCAAGGCGGAGGCGAGAGACGACGGUGCCGCAAAGAAGCUGUGGGAGCUCAGCGAGAGUUUCUGCGGCUUGUCCUGAAACCAAAACCUGAAAUCUGAGCUUUGUUUUUGAUUAAUAAUGAUAAUUUUAUAGAUAUUAUAAAUAAUUAAGUCACGAUGACUGAAUUAGUUGUGUGCAUCCUUACACAUUUGUGGCCCUUUAACCAAGAAACUGAAAAGAGUCUAACUGCACUUCAACGCAUCACCAGUAUUAUAUACACAUGAUGAUAAUUAUUGAUUCACAGUAAAGUAAAAGUGAUUAAAUAUUGAAUGUGAUAUAUCACGUCUCCACAGUUCAUUUGAAGUCUCUUUAAGUUGAUUUGAUUCCUAAAGAUCCUCCGCUAUAAUCCAACAUGUUCUUUUGUACUAAUAUUUUAAUUCAACAAGUUUUCAUAUAUAUUAAAUGACAAGAGAAAUGAGUAGUGCAUAUAUCAUUUCUAUAUGUGUGUUUUUUAUAAACCGUGCAAAAUAUACCCAGAUGGUAAACAUAAAAAUAUAUAUUUGAGAUAUGUGUUUUUAAUAUGUUUAUACCGAGGCUUUAUAGAAAAUGUGUCUUUUCAUGACUUAGUUCAAGUAUGAACAACAUAAUUUAGCCUCCAGGAUUAAUGAGGCAUUAGUUUGUUUUUCAAAAUAUUUGAAAAGGAAUUUCUUGUCGUAUGUUUCCACCACAGAGAAGUAAUGAAACACAUCUGCUCUUAAAAUAUAAGACAAAGGUACCUGUUUUGACAAAACAGGACUAAAAAGAUCUGAUGUCAACAACACGUUUAAUUUAUGGAAAAAACGAAAUAUUUUUUAAAUAAAACUUUA